AAACCUAAUAAAGCCGUUCUCUUUUCUCUAGAAGGCGCCAUUUAUUAUUAAUACCCGACUAUUUGUGAAUGCAUGCACGUGCAUGAAUAGAGCAGUUUAUGUAUUAAUAAAAAAAAUUGUAAAUUUCAUAUGAAAGCACUUUAUUGAUUUCCUUUACGGAAAAGUUCCGAUUAACUAACUGCUUGUAUUGAAAUUAAAAUGAGUUAUGGUAGUGCUUCAAGUAUUAAACCCAUUGUUGCCGAAUAUGAUGCGAAUGAUAAAGCACCAACUUUUGGUAAACUGUUACAUUAUUUGUCAAUUGUUUUGGUAAUACUUACGGCACCGAUCAGUUUUUUCAUGUGUUUCAAGGUAGUCCAGGAAUAUGAAAGAGCAGUCAUAUUUCGUUUGGGUCGUUUAUUACAGGGAGGCGCCCGUGGUCCUGGAAUUUUCUUUAUAUUGCCAUGCAUUGAUACCUAUGCUCGCGUUGAUUUACGAACACGUACUUAUGAUGUGCCACCGCAGGAGGUUUUAACUAAAGAUAGUGUAACAGUUUCUGUUGAUGCUGUGGUCUAUUAUCGUGUUUCGAAUGCAACCGUUUCUGUGGCCAAUGUGGAAAAUGCUCAUCAUUCGACACGUUUAUUGGCACAAACAACUUUACGUAAUACGAUGGGUACGCGCCAUUUGCAUGAGAUACUCAGUGAGAGGCAAACAAUUUCGGGCAAUAUGAGGGUGCAACUGGAUGAAGCCACCGAUGCAUGGGGCAUUAAAGUUGAACGUGUUGAAAUUAAAGAUGUGCGUUUGCCAGUACAAUUGCAACGAGCUAUGGCCGCCGAAGCGGAAGCGGCCAGAGAAGCUCGCGCUAAGGUCAUUGCAGCUGAGGGUGAACAAAAAGCUUCACGUGCAUUACGUGAGGCCUCGGAAGUUAUUGGUGAUUCUCCAGCCGCCUUACAAUUACGAUAUUUGCAGACGCUCAAUACCAUUUCAGCGGAAAAGAAUUCUACUAUUGUAUUCCCUUUGCCCAUUGAUUUGCUGACUUACUUCAUGAAAACCCAUGAAGCAGCAACACUCUUUGGCAAUAACAAUCAACAACAACUUUCUGAUAUGCAGUCAAGCAUGUAAACAGGAUGCUAACGAAGCGCACCGUAGAAUUUUAUGUAUUGCAAUUUUAUACAAUACAUACCAUACCGUAUAUACGCAUAAAUACUUGCGAACAUUGAUUGAAUUUUAUAAUAAAAAGAAAACCAAAAAAGGAAAAAAAAAAAAAAAAACCAAGUAAA